AUGAAAAGCCUGCGGAGAGACCGCUCUUCCCACCCGCAUGCUGCAAACGUUUCGAGCAAGGUCUUCGUGCGAACAACAAAAAGCGGAAAGGUUCAGAAGAUUGUACGAGAGUUGUAUCUUAGACAAGACAUUCCGUGCUCUUCUAAGCUAUGCUCUCUCUGUCUUUCAUAUGCGCCCACUGACGCGAAUGGAAAUGUUGCCCCCUUUGUGCUAUCCGAACACCCGGCCGGUACGAACUCGUUUCCUAAAGGACACUACCUGAUGCCCGACACCAAUGCGCUUCUCAAUGGAAUGGACCUCUUCGAAGAACGAAGCGCAUUUUACGACGUUAUUAUCUUACAGACCGUGCUGGAAGAGCUUAAAAACCAAUCCCUCCCAUUAUAUAACCGAUUAAUAUCAUUAAUUCGAAGCGAGGAAAAGCGAUACUAUCUGUUUUUCAACGAAUUUCGAAUGGAAACGCACAUACGGCGGGGAGCAGACGAGAGUAUAAAUGACCGCAAUGACAGAGCAGUUCGAAGGGCAGCAAAAUGGUAUUCUGAUCAUCUCAAUGAAAUUGUGAAGAAAAGCAGAAAAGACUGCACGGCUCCUUCUAUAGUAGUCAUCACUGAUGACAAAGCUAAUAUUUGUAAGGCGAAGGAGGAUAAUGUUUCUGCUCUGUCGUUGCUCGAUUACGUGUCGGGUCUCGAGGAUGCGGAUAAGCUACUUGACAUGGUGAAUGAGUCAAGAUCGUUGCAUAGUGAGAAAUCCCAGAGAGGGCAGCUAAUUUAUCCAGAAUACUACUCGAUGUCGAAGAUGAUGACAGGGAUCCGUGCAGGGACUCUUCACCAGGGAGUAUUCAACGUUUCCCCGUAUAACUACCUUGAAGGCUCCGUUAAAGUGGCUGCAUUUGACAAAUCGCUUCUCAUACUUGGUCGUGAGAAUAGCAACAGGUCUGUGGCUGGGGAUCUUGUUGUUGUUGAAAUCCUACCGAAAGAUCAAUGGAAGGCUCCUUCAACAAAAAUCAUUGAAGAGGAGGCAUUGACAAAAGAUGAUAACCCGGAACCUGAAACAGCUGAGGCACUGGUAUCGGAAAAGGAACGUAAGGCGCUUCAAGAAGAAGUGAGGAAAGCUCACGGGAUAAGUACAGAAGGACGACCCCAGCCUACAGCCCGUGUUGUCGGUGUUAUCAAAAGAAACUGGCGCCAAUAUGUGGGUAAUGUCGAUAGCGGCUCUUUUGCUCUCGAAGCCUCAUCUGGCAGGCGUCAGCAGACAGUGUUUGUGAUUCCUAUGGAUAAACGAACCCCAAAAAUUAAGAUACGAACUCGACAAGCAAGUGGAUUAUUGGGCCAGCGGAUAUUAAUAACAAUAGAUACUUGGGACCGUGAUUCUCGUUAUCCAAUGGGACAUUUCGUCCGAUCAUUGGGUGAGUUAGAAACAAAGGGCGCUGAAACAGAAGCUCUACUACUUGAGUACGACGUCCAAUAUAAGCCCUUCUCUCAAGCAGUUCUCAAUUGCCUACCCUCCGAGGGUCAUAACUGGAAAGUCCCCAAAAACUUGGAAGAUCCAUUAUGGAAAGAUCGGAAAGAUUUAAGAGAACUCCUGGUUUGUAGCAUUGACCCUCCAGGGUGCCAAGAUAUAGACGAUGCGUUACAUUCAAGGCCGCUUCCCAAUGGCAACUUUGAAGUUGGUGUUCAUAUCGCCGACGUUUCUCACUUUGUUCGGCCUAACAAUGCAAUGGACACUGAAGCCAGCAUGAGAGGAACUACUGUAUACUUGGUUGAUAAGCGAAUUGACAUGCUACCGAUGCUUCUGGGCACUGAUUUAUGCUCUCUUAAGCCACAUGUCGAACGGUUUGCAUUUUCUGUUAUUUGGGAAAUUACCCCUGAAGCAGAAAUCAUAUCUGCCAAUUUCACCAAAUCAGUUAUCUUUUCUAAAGACGCUUUCAGCUAUGAACAAGCUCAGUUAAGAAUUGAUGAUAAUUCAAAACAAGAUGACCUUACUAAAAGCAUGCGCACGUUACUCAGUUUGUCCAAAAUUCUUAAGCAAAAGCGUAUGGAUGCUGGCGCCCUUAAUCUAGCGUCUCCAGAAGUCCGUAUUGAAGCGGAUUCUGAGCUGAAUGACCCAGUCGCUGAUGUUAAAACCAAAGCUCUACUUGCGACUAACAGUCUUGUCGAGGAAUUCAUGCUUCUUGCAAAUACCACUGUUGCCUCACGCAUCUUUCAAACGUUUCCCCAAACUGCCCUCCUUCGCCGCCAUGCUACUCCGCCAUCUCAAAAUUUCGAACAACUCAUUGCCCAACUCUCCAAGAAACGCAAUUUUACCCUCGAUAUAUCCAGCUCCCUUGCCCUCGCAAACUCCCUCGAUAAGUGUGUCGACACGUCAAAUCCCUUCUUCAACACGUUAAUUCGUAUCCUUGCUACCCGGUGUAUGACAUCGGCCGAAUACUUCUGCGCGGGAGCACACGCCGAAUCAGAAUUUCGUCAUUAUGGUCUCGCUUCACCUAUUUACACGCAUUUUACGUCUCCUAUUCGUCGCUAUGCUGACCUCGUCGUUCACCGGCAGCUCGCCGCUGCAAUUGGGUACGAAGGACCUGGCGCAUCGUUGGGCGAGGGCUUAACAGUCCGUAGUAAAUUAGAAGAUAUAUGUAAGAAUAUUAACCAUAGACACCGAAAUGCGCAGUUUGCGAGCCGUGCGAGCAUCGAAUAUUAUGUCGGUCAGGCGCUCAAGGCCCGUGGUGAAAUGGAGGCAGCAAAAUCAGGAACUGGGGCUGGCACAGCUGCAGGAGUCGACGAAGAAGGAUAUGUGAUGCGUGUCUUCGAUAAUGGAGUGGUUGUUUUCGUGCCUAGGUUUGGGAUUGAGGGUGUAGUACGGCUGGAAGAUUUCGUGCUCCCUGGCCAGGAUCCUCAGAAGAUUGGGGCGAAGGGCGGAAAGCAAGUUGCCGCUAGAAGAGAGAGCGAAUUCGAUCCGGAAGAGUAUUCUUUACAGGUAUCGGAGAAGCAGCAUGAAGAAGAUGGUGCUGGGGAGACUGAUAGGGGCAAAUUUUUGGUCAAUCUGUUUGAUAAAGUCAAAGUGAAUGUGAGCUCUGUGAAGGAAGAAGGGGUUCGGGGCGCAGGAAAACGGAGAGUUCGGAUUUUGAUACUCGGAAAGGCGUGA